GUCAUCACUCUCCACGAAGUUUCAUAAAUAUCAUCGUCUGCCGCUGCCGAUCAAUAGUCGAUCGCUACCGCUGUCAUCAUCACCACUCACAGCCCGCUGAGUUAAAGUGAGGAGAAUUUGGAUUGCCUGGAUUGAAUUUGAGGGCAAAAGAGAUUAGAUUUAGCAGACAAAAGAAGGAGCGGCUUCCUGAGGGCUGAUUGAUAGAGAGGACGAGAGGCGGCUUAGAUGGCGAAUCUGUAUGUGAAGGCGGAGCCGCCGACGGAUCUUAAUAGGAACACCGAAUGGUUUAUGUACCCGGGCGUCUGGACGACCUACAUACUCAUCUUGUUCUUUGCUUGGCUUGUCGUUCUCUCUGUCUUUGGUUGCUCUCCUGGCAUGGCUUGGACUGUCGUAAAUCUCGGUCACUUUGCUGUUACAUAUCAUUUCUUUCACUGGAAGAAGGGAACUCCAUUUGCCGAUGAUCAGGGGAUCUAUAAUGCACUAACCUGGUGGGAGCAGAUCGACAAUGGAAAGCAACUUACACGCAACAGGAAGUUUCUAAUGGUGGUGCCAGUGGUGCUGUACUUGAUCGCCUCUCAUACAACUGACUACCAACAUCCAAUGCUGUUUCUGAACACAAUUGCGGUGCUAGUUCUUGUUGUGGCCAAGUUCCCGAAUAUGCACAAAGUACGGAUCUUCGGGAUCAAUGGUGAUAUGUGAGCUGCUGGGCCGUCUCUGGUGUGUUCUUUCGUGUUCAUGAACCGAUGCUGUGAUCCUUCAGCUACUGCGGCUGGAAGUCAUAUAUUCACUAUUGUAUAGAAGCUAGAAACUGAAGGCUACUUAUAAAUAUGUAAUGUUUUCGUUUUCGUUUUGUGGUGAUAAGUGGAGUUUUACAAGUAUGCAUUCUAGGUGAGAAAAUAACUGUAUCGAGAUAUCUUUUUGUACAGAAUGAGUAAUGUUUUUAUCUUUCUUCCCUAUAUGGUUCGAACAUUGGCUUGAAAGAUGAAUCAUGUAAGUUGUUGGUCAUCAAGUUUAACGUUCAGCUCACGAUCUUCUAAACGAAGGGC